AUGCGUUCCUAUACACUCAGACUGUUCGCUACUCUCAUGAAAACAGUCUGGAACAAGGUUAAAACGAGCACCAGACAAGGUCUAUACAUUCGUAAUGCUAAUAAACUGAACUCCGGCCGAUACACAUGCAUCGUUGAAAAUCCACUGGAGACUGUAACAGGAAGCGCCCAACUGACUAUUAUAUCAACACCUGGGGAAGUAUCAGGAGUCUAUGGUGAAGAUUCAACAAUUACCACAACGAGCAUCAGGCUACGAUGGUUGGCACCACCGGACAAUGGUUCCCCGGUCACAAAAUACGAUAUACAAGCUUUCAGCAAUUUAGAUCCAGAAUGGAAAACCGUAGCCAGUGAUAUCCCUGAUGCCACAGCGAAUGUUGACGCUGAAUUAUUUAAAGCAGCAAUAGUUACCGGUCUUUUACCAGACAAUAACUACAACUUCCGGUUGAUUGCGUACAAUGCACUGGGUAAUGGGCCUGCAAGUCUGCAAUCAGCCAGUUACCGCACCCUUUCUUCACCACCCACAAAAGCCCCUACCGGUGUGGGUGGUGGAGGUGGAACCGUUGGCGUUUUAUCUAUUAUUUGGCAGCCUCUCCAUCCAAGCGAACAUGGAGGCCGCGGAAUUGGAUACAUUGUUUAUUGGAGGAAAAAAUCUGAUUCUGAUGUUAGAUGGUUCAAGUUGACCAAUAAACGCUCCCCUGAUAAGUACCAGAGCUUAGUCAUCUCUUGA